AUGAAGGACAAGGUAGACAAAGAGCCAGCACCGAGAAACACCAUACUGUACGCGCCGAACGUCAUAGGAUAUGUUCGGGCCAUUCUUCUUCUUCUUUCAACCCUGUUUGAAUCGCGGGGGUUUGUGCUUCUGUACAGCCUUUCGUAUCUUCUAGACGCGCUAGACGGGCACAUGGCACGGCGUCUGAAGCAGGAGUCUGAGCUUGGGUAUAUCCUGGAUAUGAGCAUAGACAGGGCCUCGACAGGCGUGCUUCUGGUCCGCAUAUCUGCUGCAUACCCGCACAUCUCAACGAUGCUUGGCCCAUGCCUUGUGCUAGACAUUGUUUCGCACAUGUUCUGCGUUGCAUGUCGGUUUCUCAAGAAAACAUCGCACAAAGCGCAUGGCGGUGGCGGAGCUAUAGACAAAGUGCUGUCUGUGUACUAUGCAAAGCCUGUGCUGUUUCUUGUGUGCCUAGGGGCCGAGGUGUUUCUGCUAAAUGUUCUUUACUUUCACAGCAUUUUUCUGCUUAAGGUGACUGGCGCAGUUUUUUUGUUUAAGCAGGCCACAAACAUUCUUCAGCUCUACAAAGCGCUCUGCACGCUUGGCACAGAGUAG